GAACGUGUUUGUAUUCAUAAGGUUUACUUAUUAGAGUUGUUGCGGAGACGAAACAAAACUUUCAUCUCUUUCGUUAAUUUGAUGUCAUGUCGUGUGAAAAUGGCGUCUUGUGAACAGGGGAGAACGAAGAUCAUUUGGAUCUUGAUGACCUGGUAUCGUGACUGGUAGUUGAUGCUGAUUGCUUUUUCAAAUGACAACUUGUGGCAGCUGGAAAAUUUAUUAAACACAUUCAGUGUGAGAGACUAAAGGAAGUUGUGCUAUCUCUGUUUGUUAGCUGCUAUCCAAAAAAACACAAAGAUUUCUUUAGCUGGAGUUCACUUUGUUACAAUCAACAUAAAGAAAAUCAAGCUCUUCGACAGUCAACGGAAAGAAUUAAGCUUGAGAAGACGGAAUCAUGCAGGAAUUUGCUAAUCAUUAAAGGACUUGAGCACUUAUCCUUGGUAAAGUCGGUAAAGUGUCGUUAUUAUUCCCACGUGUUGUGGAAGCUAACCCCACGUGAAGGAGGAAGAGAGUUUCUAAAGAAACGUCGUGUUUUUUCAGCUUUACUUUAUUGAAAGACAAAAUGACGAUGACACAUUCUCAGAUAAAGAAAGACAAUUGUCAAUCAUGGAUCUAUCUUUCGUUUAUAUCGUUGAUAACCUUCUUUGUUUUUGGGUUUCUCGAUACCUAUGGCGUACUUCUUGUGUUCCUUGUGAAGCAUUUUAAUGAAAGAAAUAGUAAAGCAGCAUGGGUUGGCUCGUCUGCGACGUUUGGCUGUUUAUUUUUGUACCCUUUUGCUUUACGUUUUCGUUAUAAGUUUGGUUUACGAACGACCGUAUUGUUUGCGGGAGCAUUGUUGUUGCCAGUUUUCAUAUUUUCACCGAUGGUUAAAAACAUGAACUUGUUAUUCUUGACAUUUUCGGUCCCUGUGGCCAUUUCGUGCUCCAUUAUUAGCGUCGCUACUUUAACAACGAUCACGGAAUGCUUUGACAGACAUCAGGGAGUUGCCUUCGGGAUUCGCUCGACUCUAAAUGCGCUGGGGACCGUAAUGUUUUCAUUAGUACUUCCUGUAAUGCUCAACGAUUUUGGUUGGAAAAGAACGUUUUGGGUUUUAAGUGGAAUCAGUUUAAUAACGUUCUUUUAUGGUUUCCUGUACAACGAUAGAGAAAGCAAAGAUGGCUAUCCAAGUGAAAGAGUGUGUAGUGUUAGUACUGUGAUCAGUUUACCAAGCAAAGACUUUUCCAAAGACGAUUUACUUAUUUAUCGCAAAAUAUUACAGGAUAAAAAAGUAAUAGUGUUUCUAGCUGCGCACACUAUCUUUGCAAUUGUGAUAUUUUUGCCACCUAUGUUUAUGGUCCAAUUUGCCACGAACCUCGGUCAUCCAUUACAUCAAUCAAAAUGGUUAAUGAUUAUACGUGGAAUUGUUGCUGUUCUUGUUAGAUCAGUUGCAGGACGUUUCGGUGAUCUUGCUUCAAGAAAAAGAAAAGUUCGCUUGCUUAUUCUCAGCGUGAUGACAUUAUUUACAGUUGCGACUGUUUUGUGUUCAUUUACUCAUUCUUUUGUGUUAAUGAUGUUAUACAUGGCGUUUAUUUCCGUCAUGGACAGUGUUUAUUGGGUUGUGCUACCUUUACAUGUUGCGGAAAUCGUCAAAGGUUGGCGUACAGAACACGCGUUUGCAUUAUUUAGCUGUGUUGGUUCGUUUGCAACCCUUGGUGGUCCGCCAUUUCUUGGUUGGAUCUACGACACUAUGAACGAUCCUAGUCCUGUCAUGCAUGUAGCGUCAGCAAUAGCUACAGUUGCUGUAUGUUUGGCAGCUGCAGUACUUUAUCUAAGUAAAGAUGACAAUUUAUCGGUAUGUGUUUCAGAAGAACUUAUAAACGAUGUGUUUAUAGACGAAGACUUUCCAACGCAAACAACUGUUGUUUAUUUGCCCGAGAGUAAAAUGCAAUAUAUUACGGUCGUCUGACGCAUAACUAGUAAUAUAUUAAGCAUAUAGAUAUAUAUUAUAUAUUUAGUUAGGAUUCUUAUAUUUAUUAUAUAAAGAUGUAUUUAUAAACGUCUUAUAGACGUGUAUAUAUUUAUGAGAUAGACAAGCCAUCUGCUGCAACUAUGAAUAAUUUAUAUAUUAAGAGUUAAAUAUUUACGUUGUGUUUAUCAAAUUAACCUUUGAUAUAGCAUAAAGUCAUCAUAUAGAACUCCUAAAGCAUGGUUUUAACAGUAAGGUUGAAACAACAGCGAGAAGUUGUUGCUAAAAAUUGAAAUGAAUUGUUUCAGCUGAAGGAAGCCAUUAUAUCUAUGUGGGAUCUACAGGAACUUCGUGCACAGCAUCCCCUUUAAAUGUUCUUGCUGUGGAAAAACGUCAUGUCCGCCAUGUUGGAUGAUUUAGCAAAACAUUUUCGUUUUUUUACAAUGCAAAUAUCAUUCAACAUGGUUCCAUUGUUCUCAAGGGAACGGUUUCCGUUGCACGUCUCAAAAUAUUUUGAAUGAGGAAUACAUGAAUUGUUUAUGAAAACUAUACUUGAAAAUGUCGAGUUUAUUUCAUAUAGUUUCGAUUGAAUUUUGUUUCAUAGUAGAAGUGUAUUUUCCUAUAUUUUGUCGUUAAUUUUAACUGUUGUUCAACCUUACUGGUAUGAAGUGAUCAUUGAUGAUUGAGUAUAAAAUCAUUGCAAAGUUUGGUUUGAAAUGUUCUUUCUCAAGUUCAUACAUUAUUCAUUUAAUGGGUAAUAUACGAACUUGUGUGAACCAAACAACUUUGAAAGAAAUGCAUGUCGAAAUAAUGUGAAAAUGAAGUGGAUGAUUAGUGUACGAAGCAUAUAUAUUUUAGAGAGUUUCGUUUAUAUUUGCUGGUUUAAACAUUCGUGAAAUGUUAGCAUCUUCCUUUAUACGACUAUGCAAAACUUCUGAGAGUUAUAAAAAAGUCUUUAGGAAGACGGAUGCGAAUGUUUUCAACAGUUACUAAAUACUGAAUUGAAAAACUUUUAUAUUUUCAAAGACCGAAAAGAUGAACAAAUCCUGCUUCACUUUUGAAGUAAUAAAGUAAAUUUUAUAAAUAUGUUUUGUUGAUAUAACGCAUCAACCAUAAGUUAAGUUGUAAGAAGAUACCUUCGUCAUAUUACUGAAGGAAAUAACAUAAAAAUAAAACAUUUGAAGAACGAA